CAAGUUAACAUCCGCUUCCACGUGAUUGAUGAGAGUGGUAUAUGGCAAGUUAACAUCCGCUUCCAUGUGAUUGAUGAGAGUGGUAUAUGGCAAGUUAACAUCCGCUUCCACGUGAUUGAUGAGAGUGGUAUAUGGCAAGUUAACAUCCGCUUCCAGGUGAUUGAUGAGAGUGGUAUAUGGCAAGUUAACAUCCGCUUCCACGCAAUUGAUGAGAGUGGUAUAUGGCAAGUUAACAUCCGCUUCCACGUGAUUGAUGAAAGUGGUAUAUGGCAAGUUAACAUCCGCUUCCAUGUGAUUGAUGAGAGUGGUAUAUGGCAAGUUAACAUCCGCUUCCACGUGAUUGAUGAGAGUGGUAUAUGGCAAGUUAACAUCCGCUUCCACGUGAUUGAUGAGAGUGGUAUAUGGCAAGUUAACAUCCGCUUCCACGUGAUUGAUGAGAGUGGUAUAUGGCAAAUUAACAUCCGCUUCCACGUGAUUGAUGAGAGUGGUAUAUGGCAAGUUAACAUCCGCUUCCACGUGAUUGAUGAGAGUGGUAUAUGGCAAGUUAACAUCCGCUUCCACGUGAUUGAUGAGAGUGGUAUAUGGCAAGCUAACAUCCGCUUCCACGUGAUUGAUGAGAGUGGUAUAUGGCAAGUUAACAUCCGCUUCCAUGUGAUUGAUGAGAGUGGUAGAUGGCAAGUUAACAUCCGCUUCCACGUGAUUGAUGGGUUAGUUGGUACAUGA